UGGCAAUUAGCAGGCUACAUUCUAUUGUGUUUCAUUCUUUCCGAGGUGACGGUGACGCGAGCCGCUUUUGGCUGUAAGUUUUGAGCAGACAGGCGGCUGCUUGGCUAUGCAGUGUACCCUCCUCUACAGGACUGGAUGUGUUUUACAAGAAGUGCAGCUUUUAUAUGAAUGCCAAACACAGCGCUCGCUACUCCAAGGCCUUUCCCUUUAUGGAGAUGAGUCAUCUGCACAUUCACAAAUAUGCUCGGAGGGAAAAAAACGCCUGUAGGAAUUCAUGAAGCGACAGCUUAUCUGUGUGACCCGGUGUCUGUGCACGCGCGCGAUAUUGUGCGUUUGAGAAAGAGUUUCGGUGUUUCGAUUUGUUUAUGACUUGUUGUCAUGGUAGGCUAUGAAAAAAAAACCCGACCGUAAAAAGCUAAGAGUGUGGUAAUAUUGGUUAAUUAUUGUCUACAUAGUGACACGUGUUUUGAUUGGCAAAAAAGAAACAUUACAAGGAAUUCCUUUCUUUACAAUAACAUUUGAACUCGGAUGUUAAGAAUAGGCCUACAACAAAGUCGUGAAACACUUGGGCCAGUAGGCUACCUGUAAGUGGCAGCUAAUUGAGCUGCUCUUGCGAUAUCUCCCUGUGUUAAACUUGGCACAAAGCCACUGUAAAAGUACAUUGCCGAGGUAAAAUCAGCAUUUUGACAUUCAGCACCGUUCCUCUCUGGGCGCAGUGUGGUGAUUGCUCAAUCUUCGAGGCUAUGCAAUGUGUCACCAAAGAGGCAGAACCGGGCGGAGUUCCAACGGCGGCGCGCUUGCGAGCAGUGCUCUGGAAAUAGCAUCGUAGUUUUUGCUAGACAGUCGCUCUCUCGGGGUCACCUCCGCGCUGCGCUGGGAAUCUCUAACGGACUGCGAGACGGGUUGAGUAAACACAGCGUGCAGAACAGGAGUAACUUCUCAUUUGUGCAGAGUGACUCGUUUUGUUCUGUUUGGUUUUAAUUAAUUGAACAGUUUGAUUACAUUUCGUCAUCUUUCAAUGGAUAAACAGCGUCAGAAUGCCUGAUGCAUAUACUUCAAAAGCCUGACGCCAGUGUAAAGAAAGUAAUCAGGAUUUUGUGUCCUCGGUUUUUGCAACAGGCCAUGGCACGUUAGUGUGUUUUGCUCGGACUAUGAUUUUCUAAGUCCUCCUGUGGAACGUGGUACGGAUAUUUUUGUGCGUGCAGCGAACGACCGUUUGUCAGAAUGAGCGUGCAGUGGAACGUCCCUGUGCCUUGCAUCCGCACGGGUAGGUCGUGGCACAAGCGCGUGGACUCAGACGAGCCGGUAUUGAAAUGCGCAAGGCUAAGCGAGUCCUCAAGUGACGCUGGGCUUCUCGGCAGCUCUCCAGGAUCUCCCGUGAAUUUGGGUCCCUUGACAGGCACUGCAGCCCACCAGGGUCCCUCCCGGAUCUGUCAGUUCCUGCUGCUACCUUUAGCGGACCGGUCAGGGGUGCAUAGCGCACUUAACAUUGAGACGGGAGAGGAGCUCGUUUGUAAGGUGUUUGACAUGGGUAUCUAUCAGGAGAAGUUGCGGGUCUACGACCUGCUCCCAGCCCACAGGCACGUCGCAGGGAUCCGGGAGGUGAUCCUGGGGGAGAUGAAGGCCUAUGUGUUCCAGGAGAAGGACUACGGGGACAUGCACAGCUAUGUGAAGAGCUGCAGGAGGCUACCCGAGGAGCAAGCUGCCAGGCUCUUUCAGCAGGUGGCCUCAGCUGUGGCACAUUGCCACCAGGCGGGCAUCGUCCUCGGAGACCUGAAGCUGCGCAAGUUUGUGUUCACAGAUGAGAAGAGGACUCAUGUGAUGUUGGAGGGGCUGGAGGACUGUCGCAUCCUGUCGGGCGACGACGACCUCGUGUCCGACACGCACGGCUGCCCCGCCUACGUCAGCCCCGAGAUCCUCAGCAGCGGUGGGAUCGGCGGCCCGUACUCGGGCCGGCAGGCCGACGCCUGGAGCCUGGGCGUGAUGCUCUACACCAUGCUGGUGGGCCGCUACCCGUUCCACGACCCGGACCCGGCGGCGCUGUUCUCGCGGAUCCGCCGCGGCCAGUACUGCCUGCCCGAGGGCCUGUCCAUGAAAGCCAGGUGCCUGCUGCGCAGCCUGCUGAGGAGGGACCCUGCCGAGAGGCUGACCGCCGCCGAGGUGCUCAUCCACCCGUGGCUGCGGCCGGGCACCGACGAGGACGCAGACAGAGGGGGGGAACAGGAAGUCAGCUCCACGGAUCAGGCAGUGCCCUCAACAGACUCAGAACCAGAGGAUAGCAACCUCUUCCUCUAAUGGACCUGGCAUUGUUGCUGUCGUUGUCGUUUUUCACCCCAAAGACUCAUUGUGUUGGACCAAAACAUUUUCUGAUUCUGAAGCAUCACUUUGGAACGCUUUUUUUUAUUGUUGUUGGGUGUUUUUGUUGUUUUGUUGUGAGUACGUCACUUCACUUGUGCCCUCAUGAGCAAUGUACUGUAGGGUCUGUGGUUGUUUUAAGGGCAUUCAUGCAUGUGUUCAACCAGUGUGUGUGUGUGUGUGUGUGUGUGUGUGUGUGGAGAAGAAGUCAUUCGGUGCUAAUGAACUGCUCGCUCUUAGAGCAACACACACACCACACUUUGGGGGUCUGAAGAAAGUGAAGAAUAACUCACCAGUGGGGGGGAAAAAGAAGGAGAGAAAGCUCUAAUGUCAAGCUGCAGGAUUGCUGUGAUGACUCACACACAUCAGGCCAGACCUCAGGAUUCACAACACAUUAGCUAACACACACAGACACAUGCACACAUUUCAGGCCAGAGGCUAUAACUGACUCUCUCUCUCUCUCACACACACACCACUUGCUGGGCCAUGUCUCAUUCAGCAUAGAGAAACAGCGGGUGUGGUUCUUUAUGUUUGUGCAUGAGCACUCGUACUGUACGUUGUUCUAUAUCAGGUUCGCCACAUGUUCACCUUAACCUUACACCUCUCUCUCUCCCUCCCCCUCUCUCUCUCUCUCUGUCUCUCUCUCUCUCUCCCUUUCUCUCUUUCACUCUCUCCCGAUCUGUCUCUCACCCUGCAGUGUUAAGUAGGGCUUGAGGAGACAGUGUCGUGCCCUUCACUGACACUUUAGGCACGAGGGACUAUUAGCCAUCCGCUAGCUCAGUUGAUAGCACGCUGCUGACAUCCCCCUCCUACUGUAACACAAGACCCCAUUCAGCGGGACCCUCCUGUGUAGCAUAGCAAUUACACGUGGCAUCACAUCUAUACAUAGUGUUGGUGAUUAGAUGACGAUGGUUUUAGAGUUGUAGUUAUUAUUAGCGAUAACAGAUUGCAAGGACAGAUUGAUGGUGUUGGCGGUUAAAGGCAGGCAGCAUAGAACAUGUUGCCAGGUAUAGCAUAUUAAUGGGAGCAAUAUUUUAGCACAGUGAGAGCAGACCUAGGACAAUCUGCCAGUUACACGGUUCAUGUCGACAGCCAGAGAAGGCUUUUCCUCUCCUGGAGUUGUUGUGUUGUCACAUCCUUCCAUUUAUUGCAUCUCGGCCUUGAACUUUGUGAUUGUGUUUCAAUUAAGUAGGAGAUACAGCCUACAGAUUCAGGUGAGGUGCAAUGUGAGAAGUCUUACGACUCAACACUUUUCAAGAGAGAGAAAGUGAGGGGAGAGAGAGAGACAGACAUCUGGGAAUGGUUUGUGUCUGUGUGUGUGUGUUUUGUACUUUCACUCUUCACAAACCCACCGUUACAGGCCAACUGUGUUAUGAGUUACCAACCAGAAGCUCUCUCUCCCCCUUCCAUUAAGAGCAGUUGCACAUCAGAUGUAAUGAAAAGGUAUUUCCUGUUUGUGUGUUACUUGUUCUCUGAAAAGCCUUUUAGCACAAAAAUGCAUUUUCUCUGACAGGGCGAACAUUGCUAAAAAUGGCAGAUGAUUACAGCUCAUAAAUGAUACUGACAUUAGUGCACAAAGUUCAUUUUGCACUGUGAAUUAUGUAUUUGUGACCGAACCUCAAGGCUAGACCCAAAAGGUUAAAUGGGAAAAAACGUUCAUUGUGUAAAAUGAAAACCAUGUAAAUACUGGACUUGUACAUUAAAAGCUCGGUGGACAAGCAAAACAAAAGUAAAGAUCAUUUUUUGCAUA